AUUUCUUUGAACCGGAACACCCACCAUCCACCACUUCCCGUCUCUCGUUAGCCUUUAGGUUAACACACACCCGCCAACAUGGCCUCCGACGAGAUUGUGUGGCAAAUUAUCAACCAGCAAUUCUGCUCGUUCAAACUCAAACUGCCGGGCAACGGCUCGCACCAGAAAUCCACCAAAAACACCUUCUGCCGCAACGAGCACAACGUCACCGGCCUCUGCAACCGCCAAUCAUGCCCCCUCGCCAACUCUCGCUAUGCCACCAUCCGCGCCGACCCCUCCAACCAGCGGCUCUACCUGUACAUCAAGACGAUCGAGCGCAGCCACAUGCCCAACAAGUGGUGGGAGAAGAUCCGGCUGAGCGUCAACUACACCAAAGCGCUGCAGCAGAUUGAUGAGCGGUUGAUUUAUUGGCCCAAGUUUUACAUUCACAAGUGCAAGCAGCGCUUGACGCGGUUGACGCAGGUGCGUGUCAGGGCGCAGCGGUUGGCGAGGGAGGAGGAGAGGUUGGGCGAGAAGAUGGUGACGAGGAUGGCGCCGAAGGUGAGGAGGAGGGAGGAGACGAGGGAGCGCAAGGCGGAGGCUGCGGCGAAGAUUGAGAGGGCGAUUGAGCGGGAGCUGGUGGAGAGACUGAGGAGUGGGGCAUAUGGCGAUCGACCGUUGAACGUGGAGGAGAAUGUGUGGAAGAAGGUCAUGCGGGGUCUCGAACGCAGCCAGGAAGGCGUGAGGGAUGAGGAUCUGGAUGUUGAGGAAGAAGAGGAGGGAGUGGAAUAUGAGCGGGAGAGGGAGGGAGAAGAGCUCGAUGUUGAAUACGUCAGUGACAUUGACGAGUCUGACGAAGAUGGAGAUGCAGGAAGUGACAUGGAAGAUUUUGAUGACUGGUUGGGCGGGGGGAGCGGGGAAGAGAGGGAAAUUGACGGUUCGUCUGCGGAAGAGGAGGACGAUGAUGACGACAGUGAGGGAGACGCAGAUGAUGCGGAGGCACUGAAGAAGAAGCUCGACUCUCUCAAGCGCAAGAGACCAAGCGAGGCACCUCCAAAGUCGCGCAAGAAGCCUUCCAAGGGUCCAAAGACGAAGAUCGAAUACGAGUAUGUCCAACAGGCGCCGCCGGAGAGGGAGAUGGUAUUGGCGAAGUAAGAGGCGUGUGCGCAAGAUUCGGACGGUUCAUAGCUGCCGGACAUAGUUUGCAAGUUCUGAGAGCAGGGC